UUUGCAAAUUUCGUCUGUCUUCGCAACAUCGAGGAAUCUUCUGUUCGAGCUGUGAGGAUUUAUCCCUACCGAACUUUACGAGAUGGAUCGACGUCCUUACACAUCAUGGUCGUCCUCAUCAACAAGUAAAUAUGUACCAAAGUCAUCGUCUACCGGGAGGCAAAGUUCAAAGUCACCAACAAGAGACAGGAAACGCACACAUGAAGAUGCUGGUCUUGCGAAUAUGAGAGACAUCGAUUUUGAAACUAAACGAAAAGAGAUUGAUUUAGAAAUCCAGCGACAAGAGAAAGAGCACAAACGAAAACUGGACGCUCCGCACCACAGUCAGUACGAGAGAGAUGAAUCAAUUAUACAAGAACAAAAAAGAAAAGAUGAUGAAAAAAAGAAAGCAAGCAAUGCUGAAACAAAAGUAGUUGCAGACAUACACGCUCUCGGGCAACAUAGCGGCACGUCAAAAGACGAUCUACGGAAUAUGCUGGAAAAAACCCGUACAUACAGUAGUUUAACUCCCCCUCCGGCACCACCGCAACUAACAAACCUAGUUAUAUCUACGGUCUCUAGUGUUGCCCCAGUGAACAAUGCACCUGCAGUGUUUAUGCAGAGCUCUUAUGGUACUACAGUAUCCAGUGGAGCACAAAAAAUUCCUGGGUUUGAUUAUAGUCGCCUCGGGAGUCAGCCUGCUACCGAUGUCAAUAGGUCGAAACCGACAUCCAGCAAUAAUGAUCUAUCAGAAAGGAGUCGGGAAGCGCGAGUAAAAAACUUUACUAAAGAUUGUGAUGUUGUAGCAGUCGUUACACAGUUGUUACUUCGUGAAGAUCCGUCACUAGAGGGACCCUUAAUAGCAGCGAUGAAAAGCGUCUUACAAAAAAUUAUGCAAAAACACUUAGAUGUGAUUAAGAAGUAACUGGAUAUGCACUUGGGUUGUUGACAUCUGAGAAAAGUUUUUAUCAUUUGUGAAAAAUACCAUGUUAUUUACAAUUUUACAUUCAAUUCUAUUUUUUAUAGUCUUUUUACUCUAAAUUUAUGAGCCUCUUUCAUGCCUUUUAAGUCACUUAUGAUGUCACAGAUAUGUAAUGUGUAAUCAGCUGUUAUAAAACCAUUGUGAUUGACCUCCACAUGACAUUGUUUAUUAACUAUAGCAAAGCAGUAAAACUUUUUUUUUUUUAU